AAUCUGGCCUUGCGGGAGGCGCUGUUCACCGAAUCUAAUACUGAAGUGUCAAAUGAGGAACUAAAGCAACAGCUUCGGGAAGCUCUGGAGGAACUUGAAAUUCUGAAGGUUGAGCUUGAAGCAUCUCAAAGACAGCUUGAAGGAAAAGAUGAAGCCCUAAGAAUCCUGCAGAGCAUGGCAGUAUUUGAUAAAGCCACGAGCCAUACAAAAGCAAUGCUUCAGAAAACUGAGGAAGAAAAGAGGACUCUAGAGAAGGAAAUAAAUAUUUUGCAGUGGGAAAUUGAAUUUGAUCAGGACAGAUUUAAAAACAUAGAAGACACCUGGACGGAAAAAUAUGACAGGAUAUACUGUGAAAAUGCAGCUCUUAAGGAAGCAUUGAAACUGAGGACAGAAGAAGUUAAAACACUUAAGGCUGAAAAUGCAAUCCUGAACCAGCAGUGCUUGGAAUUCCUUGCAAUGCUAGAUGUGAAACAACAGAAAGUUUUUCAGGAGAACAUGUUGAACAAAAGUGACAUCACUGAUUUCACAGGUCUUGAACUGGCAGUGCUGGGAGCCUGCACCUGCAGUCCUGCCAAGGGGCAGCCCUGCCCGUGUGCCAGAGUGGCAGCUCUCACUCGGAAGCAGCUCCUUCAUCUCAAGCAAGAGAUGGAAAACCUGAAGAAGAGUAAGGAUGAAGCAUACAUCAUGGCAGAUGCCUUCAGGAUUGCGUUUGAGCAGCAGCUGAUGCAGAGGCAGGAGCAGGCCCUGAGGCUGGCAGAAGUGAUCAAUGUGAAGAAGGAGAGCAGAUUUGCAAGCUGGAGACGCCUGCGGGGCGCUGAGCACGUCAAGUUGGAGGGCAGCAAGACCAACCUGGGGAGGAAGCUGUCCAGCUUGCUCUCGUCAGAGGGGGACUGCAGGAAGGUGGAGGAGCUGGACAGCGCCCACGAGAUCCUCAGGAUGCUGAUUGAUCUGGUGAACGACAAGGAGGAGGCCCUGGCUCACCAGCGCAAGGUCAGCUACAUGCUGGCCCGGGCGGCGGAGGCCAGGCCGGGGCAGGCCGGGGGGCACACGGCGGGAAGGUGUCAGAGCCCAGGAAGGUGUCAGAGCCCAGGAACCCCUGUGGUCCCGCCCCUGCCCCGGGCUGCGCCCCACGCCGGCCGCGGCAGGAAGCGCACGCGCAGGGUGGGGAUGGGCGCGGCGGCGGUGACGUCAGGCGCGGGUGUGGCCGCGCAGGCGCGCUGCGCGCAGCGGAGAGGCGAGGCCGCCGCCCGGAGCCGCCGGCGGGGCCGGGGCCGGGGCGGGCCCUGA